AUGAGCGAUCAAGCCAGCGAGAAAGCUGUUGAGAAGCGCUUAGCAGUGUUCAACCCUGAUAAUUCAUUAAACGCCUAUUUGAAUGCGGUUUCAGAGCUUUCAAGUGUGUCUUUUGCAGCUAUAGUUGGUAAACUGGAAGACAAACAUGAACUGAGCUUGGAAAAGAUCCAAGAAUGGAAGAAUCUGUAUGAAUUGAAGAGACAAGAUGCAGAGCUGUAUGUGGAGGCGGAGAAAUUGAGAGUUGGUGUCGAAAAUUCGAGUGCAACUGCAAAUGUUUCGAAUAUCAAGCGAACUUUGACAGAGGAUUUGUCGACUACCAGAGAUAGAAACAAGAUUUUGAGACAGAGAAACGCAAGACUGCGAGAUAUGAACUCGCACAUCGAUUUAGUAAACGAACAGGUUGAAGGUAUGCAAAAAUCGAAGUCGAAGUUGAGCGCGUCACAGGAGGAGUGGGAAAAACGGUUGGGUGCUCGAGCAGUGGCCCAAAUGCUACGUGCAAAAGUGUUCAGACGACAGAUGGUCAAAGUGCGAGAAGAAGAUGCAGAAGUGGAAUAUGAAGAACUGUCGGUGCUGGCGAAUUUCUCCAAGAGUGGCCGCGAUCUGGAGCGCACAAACGAAUCCAUGAAACAGAGUAUUCGCAGACUGCAACAAGAACUGCAAGAUUAUCAAGACAAGUGGAGCCACAAUGCCCAGCUUUUCGAUAGAAUAGCCACCGUACUCGAAGACGAACUUGUCAGUAGAAAUCUGGUUCCAUCUGAACAAGUACAUAUUGGUGAGCCCGAUGAAGCAUAUCAAGACGACGAAGAUGAAGAAAUUGAGACCGGUGGAUCUGAACCCGAAAAAGACGACGUUGAGGAUGAGGAUGAUAGUGAGGGCAAUAUUGGGAAUGGAGAUGAGGACGAGGAUGAAGAUGAAAAGGACUGA